CCAUUGGGUAUAUAAAGCGGCUGCGAUCAACACCGAACAUCAUCAGUCUCGCUUUGGUAGAUCCAAAACCAACCAAAUCUACUCAACAAUGGCAUUCAAGUUCGUCGCUUUUGCCGCCCUCGUGGCCGCCGCCAACGCCGGUGUGCUCGCCCCUGCCGCCCCUCUGGCGUACGCCACGGCUCCUCUCGCCGUAGCCCCCGUCGCCAAGGCUGUGGUGGCCAAGGCGGUCGACGCUGACUACGACCCGCACCCUCAGUACAGCUACGCCUACGACGUGCACGACAGCUUGACCGGUGACGCCAAGAGCCAGCAGGAGACCCGUGACGGCGACAUCGUCCAAGGCAGCUACUCCCUCCUGGAAGCCGACGGCACCAGGCGUACCGUCGACUACACCGCUGACCCAGUCAACGGAUUCAACGCCGUAGUCCGCAAGGAACCCGCCGCCGUCGCCGUGAAGGCCGUCGCCGCUCACGUCGCACCGGCUCCUCUCGCAUACGCCGCUCCCAUCGCCAAGAUCGCCACUCCGGUCGCCAAAAUCGCCCCCAUCAGCUACGCCGCUCCCGUCAGCUACGCCGCUCCCGUCAGCUACGCCGCUCCCGUAGCCAAGCUGGCCACCCCAGUCGCCGCGCCGAUCAGCUACGCCGCUCCCGUAGCUAAGAUCGCCGCCCCUGUGGCCUACGCCGCCCACCCUGCACCUGUCGCCUACGCCGCACACCCAGCGCCCGUCGCCUACGCCGCGCACUCUGCACCCGUCGCAUACGCCGCGCACCCCGCACCGGUCGCCUAUGCCGCGCACGCCGCUCCCGUAGCGUACGCCGCGCACGCCGCUCCCGUAGCGUACGCCGCACACGCAGCCCCCAUCGCCAAGAUCGCCGCUGCGCCAGCCAUCUCCUACGCCGCCCCCGCCGCCUACAUCCACUAAACUCGUCGUCGUCCGCGCCAUCCUCCAUGUCGUCGACUCAGGCCGAACUUUUUAUUUAUUUUUAUAGCAGACCUUUUUCUAUGUGACUGAUUAAAGUGAGUUACAUAAUGUAA